AUGUCGAUGUGUGCUGCUGUGGGACUGAACACCCGUCUUCCUAACGCGGGCCUGACUCGCAUGCUCGUGUCAGGUGCUCGUGGAUUCCAUGCUGGUACGUACGAGAGACCAGGAUCGCCUAAUCAUCUAGCUCGUCCGCUUGCUGUCGCCCCGACCCAGACCCGCACGUUCGGUGGUCCUUUGAUCCAUCCGGGUGGCUCGUACAUCAAGGGCACCGUGAACGAGCCUACGGAAUACCCCAAGCCGAAUGCCGUGCAUGGCUCGUAUCACUGGGCUUUUGAGCGUCUCAUCUCUGUGGCCCUUGUGCCCAUGAUUGCCGUGGCAACUGUAAAGCAUGGUGCUUGCGGCACGCUCGACGGCGUCUUGAGUGCGACUCUUCUGUUGCACUCGCACAUCGGCUUCGACUCUGUGCUGGUGGACUACCUGGACAAGCGCAAGUUCCCUGUGGCCGGCCCCGUGUCCAAGUGGAUCCUGCGCGCAGCGACGGUGGCCACCGCUUGCGUAUAUGACUCGCGCCUCGGACUCCCUACGGUGCCCGGGCGCCAAGGCUUCGAACAGACAACUAACCGUAUGGCAGACGACAUUGGCCUCACUGAGCUUGUGGCCAAGCUUUGGAUGGCUUAA